AUGGUGCUAAAAACAGCAUUCCCGUACGGUAGGGCCGCUAAUUCCGAAUUACCCUAUACUUCCGGUGUGGUUUUAACAGCGGGGUUUCGAAACCGCGACACCUGAUUCCGCGGAAUGCCUGAGGGUUUCCAAGUACGGCGCCGUAUAUAGCCAGCACCGGUUCUUUAUGGCCACCUGUGCGCGAACUCACCGUAAUUAGCAGACAGCUGCGAUUCGGUUAGCGGCGGGAAAUUAUUUCGAAAAUCGAAGGGAAGUGAGGUCAAAGUGGCGAAUUGACGAUUUUAUUGAGGUCACGAAGGGGUUAGAUUGGGCUUAAGAUCGUUUUUAGAUAGUAAAAAUAUUAUUAUUUAUGAAUUUUUAGCCAAAUACGGUAAUUUAAUUCAAAGUGUUGUUGUGGUAUAGUGGCAGUGAGUUACGAGUGCUAGUCGGAAUGUUGCGGGUUCGAUGCCGGGUUUGAAGAAAGUUUCAUUUUGUAUUUUUAAAUGAUGUCAGUCCAUGAAAAAUCAUAUUUUAUUGCUAUUACAGUUAUGCUUUAUUCCUUAAAAGUCCUAAAACAAAACAUUUCCCAAGAAAUCCGAAAAUUUUUGUAUUUUUAGCCCAGAGAGCUACAAAAAGAGAGUAACAUGGCAGUGCCAUUCCUUUAGGAUACAAAAUCUACAACAGUGUCUCCAAUAAAUGCCCGCUUAAACAACUUAUUACAGUAUUUUACCUCUAAAACAAUUUUUUUCGUCAAAAAAUCCUAGGUUUGCCCCAGAAACACAGUUCCCUUGUAAUAUCCGAAUGUUUCAUACUGUCUGCCCCAUAAACUUUAAAACCAUACAGUCUGCCCCGCAUUCGCACAUGUCUGAGCCCCCCAACCUGGUACGAUCGCGAUAUAACGAUGGGAAUUCGGAAAUUAGGGCGCUUUAUUAUCCACUUAAUGCGAGGCGUCUUAAAGUUCAUUUGCAUAUGGCGCUCGGAAAGAUGGUUUUUGCUCUUCGCUUCGCGACCAUCUUCACUCGGCUACCUGGAUUUUGGUGGGGGAUUUUUGGGGUUUUUGGAUCUCCGAGAUUUUUUUGAUGACUUUGAAAUUAUUUGUUAAAAAUGUUGUAAUAAAAAGUAAGUAGUAUUGUAAAAAAUAUUCGAGAAUAUUUCUGGAGUGUCUGUGAUUACUCUAGGGCCAGAAAAUUUGCUUUAACAAUGUAAAAAAAUUUGAAAAUUCAAAUUUCCCGCCAAAAAUUGAAAUGUGGAAAAGGUUGCAAAUACGCUGUAAAAAUUACUUGAUAUUCGAUGCCAUGGUAGUGCAUGCCAUUUCACGCCAUUUGAUGUCUUUUUGACUUUUUGCCCUAAGGCGAUCGCGCCAUUUCAGCGAUUUUUCAAAUUUUUUUUUAAAAACGGGAAAUUUCAAAAAAAUGGGAUUUGAUUGCAAAUUUUAGCUAACAGAUAUGUUGACAUUGAAUUCUGUGGUAUCACAGACAUUUCUGCUACUACUACAUGCAUUUUCCCUCUCUUUGCCUAAGGGCAUUAACCUUUUUUCCUCACUUUUUUGACUCCUUUCCUCAACUCCUGUUUUCUUCAAAUUUCAAAAUUCCAAUUCUCAUGAAUUGUAAAAAUACCACUUCCCAAUAUUGUAAUUACCAUAUUAAUUCCAUUUCCCCCCACCAUUCCCUUCCGUGUGUUCUGCUUCCGACCAAAAAUUGGCUGAGUUUUCGCUCCCCCCAAAAAAAGAUCCCUUUGACUUUCCGAUCGCCCAUUCUUCCCGAUCUCUCUUCCUUUUAUGGAGAGAGAGAGAGAAAAGUUUGGAAACGCUGUAUGAAGUGUUUCCGUUCGGUCGUCGCUUUUUUCGCCCUCCACCUGAAUGUUUUUUGUUAUCAACUGAAGGCGUGCGCAAAUUGCUUAUCAAUUGUGAUAUCGGGCGUCAAGUUUGUGAGUUCUGGAAUGCGGGGAAUGCCUCUGAAGAGGUUGCAGAGGUCUUACAAUGUUCGUUGAUGCCGAUAUUGGAGGUCGUUUGAAGAAUUUUCGAGCUUAUUUACAGGUUUAUUGAUUUUUUGAGGAAAUUUAGAGGGAUUUUGGUGAAAAAAUAGCUGUAAAGCUAGAUUUAGAUAGAAAGAUCGUUAUAUAAGGGCUUCAUAUAAUUCGAGAUUAAUUCCUAUUGGUGUCUAUCAGUUGAUUUUGUAAAAUACGACUCGCAAUUUCUGUAAAAAUUAAUAUUUUUUCAACGGAAUUUGAUUUUUUACCACUAUAACAAAAUAUAAAAUUUCUCAACGUCCAAUUCUUAGAUACACUUUAAAUUCGGUAGCUGUUCUCUGCAGUAACCACACACUAAUCUGUAAAAAUUUUGGUUUUCCCUUUACAUUCGCAGCCGAGAUAUUCAACGGUCUCGGCGGGGGUAACAAAGCCGGUCGGAAAAAGUUUUUGGCCAAUAACUUUUUGAAUACUCACUGGAAAAACUUGAUUUUUUGUGGAAAUACUGCUCUAGGCACUGGUAGUCAAUCGUAGUAUUUUCAAGCCAUAAAUCAAAAAAAAUUUUUUAUUUUUUUUCGAUUUUUUGCUAAAAAUCGUGAUUUUUUUUACAAAUAGGGGAAUAUCUUACAUACGCCUAUAACAGCUCCAAAAAAAAAUUUUAAGAAAAUUUCAGCCAAAAUUUGCAGGCCAAACAUGUCGUUUUUGCCUCAUAAAUAAGAUUUUUCGGCCAAAAAUAGCGAAUAUUUUGGCCAAAACUUUGCCGAGGGCCUUUAAUCAGCAUUUAGCCGCUGUACAGCCUUUGUGCUGCCCCAACCUACAAUCUACUCGCCUUUGUUCGUCUCCCACCGUCUUUAUUUUCUCAUCGCUUAUUCUUCAGCAUCCCUCAAAUCGCGUUAAAAAAACAUCGUUUAUUCGUCGACCCUCCCAAAAAAAUAUUUAUUGCGCCAUUUAAUCGACCCACGACCUUGAUUUGAAUUUUACCUUAUUGUGAAGACGCAUAUAACCAUUCGUUUUUGGGGUGGGGAGAAAUGGGGUUAGGAACGCACUCAAAACUCUCGGUAAAUUCUUUUUUUGAACUUUUGAAUUUGCUUUCGAACAAUUUUGGUUGUUCCGGCUACAAAUUCCGGGGGUUUACUGCGCUUCCGGCACAAUGCAGUGAUUUAUAUUAUAUUGAGGCGGGAAAAAGUGAAAAUAUAUAAUACAAAUUUUAUAAAAUUUUUUGUUUUUUAGGUGUUAAUUUUUCCCGAAAAAUUGAAAAAUACACUCCAAAAAAUUGGAAAAAAAUUUUGAAGGCAAAAAAAAUUAUGUAAAAAAUCUGAUUUUUUUAAUUUGACAAGGGAAGUACUCCUAGUGCGACGCUCAGAUUUUCUUUAAAUUUUGCACACACGUCGGGUAUGGACUAAAUAUCAAUUCCUGAAAGUUUUAGCUCGCGCUUUGCGGGCGCCGCCGAGAUAUCGAACGAUCUUUGCCGCCGAGCGAGCACGCUAAACGUGGAGAGCGCUCAGAGAGAAAAACGCUUUUUGGCCUUAACUUUGGCAGUUUCGUGCGGAAAAAUUUGAUUUUUUGCAGAAACAUUAUCCUUUACGGUUGAAAUAGGCAUGAAACUUUUCGUGCCGAAAUGCGGCAAAAAGUCCUAAAUUUUCGCCGACUUUCGAUCUAAAAAUCUCGGUUUUUUCGGCAAAGCGCGAGCUAGGACUCUCGCAUAUAUCUUAUGUUAGAAAAAAAUAUUCUAAAUAUGUGCCAAGCGUCAUCAAAAUCUGAACGUCGCACUUGGAGUACUUCCUCUAUGAGCUAUAAUAGUUUUGGCAAAAAAUCUCAUUUUUCAGCUAUUCAGAAUUUUCGGAUUUUCUUAAUGUUUCUCCUAUAUACUCUAUAUAGUCCAGACAUCAAUCACUCAAAGUUUCAGCUCGAUCGCUAUACAGAGAGCUGCGUUAUUCCACAAUCUUUUGCGAGAGAGCCCGUAAAAUGAGGAGAGUUUAGAGAAAAAAAGUUUUUUGCCAAUAACUUUGUAAAUACCCUCUGGAAAAAAUAGAUUUUUUGUAGAAAUAUUCUUUAUCAUACUAGUAAUAUCUAGAGUUAAUUUCAAGUCAAAAUUCAAAAAAAAUUUUUUUUUUCAUUUCUUUAAAUUUUUUUUGAAAACUAAAACUACAAUUAAAUUCCACUUCCCGGAUGUGAAACCACAUUUUCCCCUUCGUCAAUCAACAUUCUGCAGCAGAGAUCGCAUUGACAUCAACAUUCUUUUGAUAUAAAAUUCACAUCCUACUAUUCUCUUGGUCUUCCCCUCAAAUGUUGUAAUUUUCAAUGAUAAUACGCCUUGAGAUGGGGUAAGAACUACUUCUUAUGGGUUCUCAAGGGUGAUGGGGAUGAUUGAAGAGAUGGUUGACAGACUUUGCGGCGACUUUACAAGCAAAUAUGCGGAAAUAAAUUUACAAAUGCAGAUUUUUGAUGAUUUUUGGCGGAAAAGCUUUAUUUUUCAAGGAAUUUUAUAAGACAACUGCUAAAUUUGUCACUUAUAUAGACUUUUCAUAGUGUCUAGUAUACUUCUACUGCAAAAAAAAUUUGAUUUUUUCUUGAAAAUUUAUAAAAAUCGAUAAAAAUUUGGAAAAAACCUAAAAUCUUGGGAUUUUUUAAUUUUUUUCUUCGAAAAACCAAAUUUUGCUUUUAAAAUACGAUGGUUCGCGGUAGAAUUUAGCGUUAAAAAUAAUCUGGCUAUAAAAUACAGCCAUUUUCACGUCGUAUUUUGGAGAUUUUAAAACUUUUUUGACAAAAAUUUUCAAAAAUUUGGCAAAAAUUUUUAUUUUUUGAGUAUUUUCGGUAUUUUUAUGAGCUUCUGUUGAAGUUUCUGGAGCUCACGAUAAAUUUUGAUGGUCUCUUCUGUAUCAUCAUGGCAUAUCUACUCCGAAAAAUACGUUUUAUUAACCGAUUUUAUCUUAUUUUCCCCUUUUUUUUGAUGAAAAAUCUGAUUUUUUUGAAAUUUUUUCAAACAUUUUUUUGCUUUUAUUUGGUUUAUUUUUUGCGUUUAUUUACUUUUAAAAUCUCGGAUAUCAAAUAUUCUUCCAUUUGCGGCGAGUUCAUCCCAAUAUUUGCAGGUGAAUCCGCCGGCAAACGCGAUCAGUCGCGGCACCAGCAAGGCGCCAAGGAACGUGUUCGUCGCAUCAAAGAGCACACUGCACAACCCAGCGGCAUCCACGAGGGCGCAGCGUCGCAUCGCUUCGAAAAACAAGGUAAAUUUUGCGGUUCGAAAAUUUUGAAAUUUUUUGAAAAUUAUGUAAAUUUUUUUGAAUUUAUGCAAUUUUUUUAAAUUUAUGCAAAAUUUUUAAAAUUUUACUCUUUUAAAAAUAAAAAAAUACGUGAAAAACGUCUAAAAAGGCUAAAAGAAAUCAACUUUUUCGAAUUUAUGAAAAUAAAAAAAAAAAUUUUUUUUUGAUUUUCCUAAAAUUUGCAUAUUAUUUUUUUUUUGUCGAAUAUGGUAUUUUUAAACUAUAUUUUUAAAUUUUUUUGGCGGAAUUUUGAAUUUUUUUAGUUGUUUUGAAGACUCUUUUGACUGUCCUUUUUUGACAGAUUAGUCUCUGUUUUUGAACUUUUCAUGAUCCGCGCGGCAAAAAAAAGAAGAUAAACGAGGUGUUUUCGGUCUCAGAAUUCAAAAGUUUUAGAAAGUCAGAAGGGGUAUAGACGGGUUAAAAUUUUGAAAAAAAGAAUAAAAAAAUUUUUUUUGUUAUAAAAUAAGGAUAGAACUCUUCAAAAUUUGUUUCAAUCCCGAUUUUUAGAUUUUGUAUAACCAUGAAAUAAAAAAAAUAUCGUAUUUUACAAAAUCUCACAGUCGGUAUCGAACCCGCAAACCAACCAGACCGUUGCUUCACUUGCAUGAUCGGACGGGAUAACGCGUUACCACUCCGCCAAUUUGUCCUCCUUUCCAAAUCACCGAUAAAAGAAAGGGCGCCAAAGUUAGUUUAUUGCAGUGUGUUUUCCGUCCGAUCUGGCAAGUUAAGCAACGGCGGGGAUUGGCGCGAGUUCGAGUCCGGGUUGGGACGAAUGGUAAAAUACGCAGAGAAUACGUGUUCAUUGCUUAGAAAAAGUAUCCGGAUGGUCUGUAAAUGAGACAGUAGCGAUUAAUAUCCGUUAAUAACCGGGGUUUUCAGUCCGCAAGAGCUCCGUCUCCGCCCAACAGCCCCAAAGCGCCGCACCGCGUGCCAAUGCCCCUUGCGGACUGACGGGGGAUGAGAGAUCGGCCCGGCCCGACCCCAACCAACGAAACCGGCCCUCACUGCCAGAGCGGUUCAUCGACGACGAAGCGGAGUGCGUCGCGGACUCAUCAGGGCCCCAAGAAGUCAACGUCGACGUAAAGUUCGAAGUCGCGCCGCAAAGUCAGGCCGAAUACCGGCGCCUCAGCGACUUCCACGAGCAACCCGACCAGCCACCGGCCCCCGGCACCACCCAGGACCACCCAACGCCGCAAAAAGGUGCCUCCCAUCGCACAUUUCUCACGUACUGCACCCCCCUUUAUGUUCAUAACCCAACCCAAUUUCAGCUCCGAAUCCACCGGCCAAGAAGCGGUCAUUCAACUUGUUUUUGAGUCACGUCUUCCAUCGACGGCUCUCGCAGCAACCCGCCAACCGCUCACCACCCCCACCGUCGGGGCCAGCCACCUCGAGCAAGAGUAAGUUGUCGCGGGUCAUAGGGCAAAUUUCAACUAUGUUUAGCGACAAAAAUUUUUCGUCUCAAAAAUCGCAAAAAAAUCGAAAAAUCGAAAAAAAAAUUUUUGCAAAAUUUGUCGCUACUCAUAGUGCAAAUUUCAACUAAAUUCUGCGACAAAAUUUUUUCGUCUCGAAAAUCGCUGAAAAUCCGAAAAAUCGAAAAAAUUUUUUUUUGAAAAUUUUGUCGCAGUUCGUAGUGCAAAUUUCAACAAAAUUCUGCGACAAAAUUUUUUCGUCUCAAAAAUCGCUGAAAAUCCGAAAAAUCAAAAAAAAAUUUUGGAAAAUUUUGGCGCAGUUCAUAGUGCAAAUUUCAACAAAAUUCUGCGACAAAAUUUUUCUGCUCCGAAAAUUACAAAGCUCCCAAAUCACUGACCAAAACAAUGAUUAAAUUCCUCGCGCAAUACAGCAGAAAAAUGAAAAAAUUGGCUUGAAUUCGGCGAGAGGGAUCAGUGAUCUCUUGGGCAACGUCUUCUGCUCGCUUCUCUGUCGCUGCAAAGGGUCCAUUUUUUGAUUCCAUUGGUUGUUUUCACCUUUCACUGAUUGCCGGAAAAUUCUGAAAACAAACAAAAGAUUUGGAAUUUCAUGUUCUAGAAGGAUUGUUGAAGUAAAAAAAAGGUUUCUGGGGUUGCUUGAGGGGGUUGGUAUAAUAUUUUGAGCGAAUUCUUGUGAUUUUUUGGGAUUUUUGAAAAAUAAAAUUGAUGAAAAAAGCUUUGAAAAAUGUGAGAAAUCGCUCCAAAUAACAUUUUCAGGACUAUUCAGCAAUUUUUUUUUGAGCGAAUUUUUGCGAUUUUUUGGGAAUUUUAAAAAAAAAAAUGAUGAAAAAAGCUUUGAAAGGUAUGGGAAAUCGCUCCAAAUAUUUUUUUCAGAGCUUUUCACCAAUUUUUUAAGCCAUUUUUUCCAUUUUUUGGAAUUUUUGAAAAAUAAAAUUGAUGAAAAAAGUUUUGAAAAGUAUCAGAAAUCGCUCGAAAUGACAUUUUCUGGACUAUUCAGCAAUUUUUUUUGAGCGAAUUUUUGCGAUUUUUUGGGAAUUUUAAAAAAAAAAUGAUGAAAAAACCUUCAAAAAGUACCAGAAAUUGCUCCAAACAAGAUUUUCAGAGCCUUUCACCAAUUUUUUGAGCGAUUUUUUCGAUUUUUUGGGAUUUUUGAAAAAUAAAAUUAAUGAAAAAAUCUUUGAAAAAUAUGGGAAAUCGCUCGAAAUGACAUUUUCAGGACUAUUCAGCGAUUUUUGAGCGAUUUUAUCGAUUUUUUUGAGAUUUUCAAAAAAUAAAAUUGAUGAAAAACCCUUCAAAAAGUAUCAGAAAUUGCUCCAAAUAACAUUUUCAGAGCUUUUCACCAAUUUUUUUAAGCGAUUUUUCCCCCAUUUUUGACUAUUUUCACCCAAUUUUAUCCAUUUUCUGCUUUCAAGUUAAUCUUCCCCCCAUUCCAGGCUCUCAUUAAAACUCGACAAGACCCUGCAGCAAACGGUCGAAUCGCUGGUCAAGACCCUCUCCAAUCUCUGUCCCACGCCCUCCCCGCCCGCCCCAUCCACCCCUAUCCCGCCGCCGCCCGAGCCUCGCAAAAAAUCGCAUAAACGCCGCGACAGGAAGCGCCGCAAACACCGCGACGUCGCCGAGCCCGAGGAGGAGUCGCAAGCCCCCUCCGAAGCGUCGCUCUACGUCCGCCGCCACACCCUGCCGGACAUGACCGUCGCGACAUACGGAAUGGUCAUCUGUGGAACCGACGACCUUCAUCACCGCUACCGCGGCCGUAUCGAAAAGUGAGUGCGUCUGGGAAGAGGCGAUUUUCUUGGUUUUGAGGAGUUUUUGCACAGUGUGGAGUUUUGAGUUUUUUGCACGGUGCAAUUUUUGAAUUUUUUUGCACAGUGCAAAUUUUUGAAAAUUUUUCUGCACCGUGCGAACACUAGAAAAUGUUGCACAGUGCAAAUUUCGAAAUUUUUUUCACAGUGCGAAAUUUUAAAUUUUUUUUUUGCACCGUGCGAGCAGUAGAAAAUUUUGCACGGUGCACAUUCUUAUUUUAUGCACGGUGCGAAAUUUUGAUUUUUUUUGCACGGUGCAAAUUUUGAUUUUUUUGCACAGUGCAAAUUUUUGAAAAUUUUUCUGCACCGUGCGAACAAUAGAAAAUGUUGCACAGUGCAAAUUUUAAAUAUUUUGCACGGUGCGAAAUUUUGAAAGUUUCUCUGCACCGUGCGAACAGUAGAAAAUCUUGCACAGUGCAAAUUUUUGAAUUUUUUUGCGCAGUGCGAAAAUUAGAAGUUACAUAUUCUUGCACAGUGCAAAUGUUCCAAAAAAGCUAUUUUUUCUAAUUCCCUUAUUUCCAGAGUAAAAUUUGGUGUUCCAAUCAGCGAAGCGUUCAGUCAUGACAUUCCAGCCACAUUGCUGGUCCUUCUGCUCAAAGUCAACAAGGAGGGACCCCUCAAAAAGGAUAUUUGGAGGGCGCCCGGGAAUCAGGCCCAAGUCCGCAAACUCUCUCAUAUAAUGCAACACGGACGAUUAGUGAACAUAUCACACAUCAGUGUCUAUACGGCUGCCAGUGUUAUAAAAGUGGGUCGAAGUUUGGAAUUAUUGAUGUUUUCGGGGAGAAAAUGUUGAAAAUUUGUAAAAAGUAAUUUUUUAUAGGACUUGAAAUUGUAAAAUACAAGUUCAGUAGUCUUCUAGAGUUUUUCUAGAGUCAUAAUUUCUCAAAAAUAAGGCUGAAACACAAUGCCAAAAAAUUCCGGGUCCCACCACGAAAACCUGAAAUGACCGGAAAUUGGCGGGAAACUUUAAAAAAUCGUUCCUCUAUGCUUUUGAGCUUCAAAUUCUUCAAAAAUUACUUGUUAAACACAAUGCCAAGGAAUUUUGAGUCCCACCACGAAAACUUCAAAUAGCCUGAAUUUGGCGGGAAAUCGCUGGAAUCGCUAAAACUAAUAAUAAAAAAUGUAAAUAGCUAAACAACAUUCUUUUUAACCAUAAAAUUUGCCUGUUUUUGAGCUAAAAUCCAUUUUUCAGAAAUUCCUCUCCAAACUGCCCGGAGGCAUUUUUGGCGCCGAGAACGAGCAACUCCUCUUCAGCAUAAUGCAACAGCCGGACGCGGAGCAGCAACGCCUCAUCUUUUGCCGCGCCAUCUCCUCACUUUCCAUUCCCUCCCAGCAUUUGUUGGUCCUUUUGUUCGGCACGUUUCGAAUCAUCGCCGACAACGCCGAAACUUUCAACACGAGGAUGAGCGCCGACGCCAUCGGAAUCAGCGUGGCACCCUCGCUGUUCCACACCUGCAUUCAUGAUGGACAGAGGGUAAGCUGAAAUUGAUUUUUUGGCUUUUUCGAUUUUUUGUUUUUGCACAGUGCAAAUUUUCUUUGACUGCACAGUGCAGUCGGAAAUUUCAAAGCCUCCGUAUAUCGCCGAAAGCGGGUCGAAAAGUUUGUAAAAAUUACUGAGAAGGUAAAAUACGGCAGAAAAUCGAUGAGCAAAUUUAUUUUUGAGAUUCGAAAUUUUUGGGAGGCACAAUGCAAAAAAUUAGAAAAUUCUUGCACAGUGCAGUUUUUGGAUUUUUGCACUGUGCGGAAAAUUUUGAAUAAUUAGAAAAAGUCAUUGAAAAAGUUAUUUUUUGGGUGAAAUAUGGGUCUUUAAUUUUUUCUCUUUUACUGCACAGUGCAAAAAAAAAUUUUUGGCUGCACUGUGCAAAAAAAUAAAAAAUUUUUUUUUUGAAAUUUGCCUUAAAACUGACCAAAAUUAAAACUGUAAAGCCCGUAUAGUCCGUUCUGGAGUAAAAUAAAAUAUUUUCAGGCCAAACUGGAAGACGUGAUGAGGUUCAAACUGGCCUCUCAGGUCAUCUCCACCAUAAUUAAGUCCUUUGGCUGUACGAAUCUGUUUCCGCGCGAGUGCUACGAGUUCUACGCGCGAAUCACCGGCCGAACACUGCAUGUGGACGACGACUGGAACUUCACUUUUCAAUAUCCGUCAAGUGAGUUUUGAAAGUUUCAAAAUUUUUGUCGAAAUUUUGAAAAAUUUGGAAAAAAGUGCAAAAAAUCGACUUUCAUUUUGAAGGUGAAGGUAAAUGUAUAGUAAUAACAGCACUUAUAGAGCGCAAAAAUGUGCUGCACAGCGGUUAACGAGUAGUUUUAGGUCGAAAAUUCCCAAUUUCUCGCGACUUUUUUUAAACUUUUUUGUGAUUGUAAGAAGUUUAACUAGUAGCAGUAGUUGUGAAUGGUGAUGGUCGAGAGUCCUGUGCUUUGCUUGGCCUUCAACGUUUUGCGCUUUACCCCUUUCUUUGUGUUUUUUCCAAAAAAAAUCCGAUUUUGUUUCGUACUGUAGCUGUUGCUUUUGGUUACUGUAAUUUGUGAAGGUUGAGAAUGGUGGAAAUGGUGGUAGUAGCGAUGCAUGUCUAUUUUCCGUCCUUUCGUUGGUUUUUUGCACUUUUCUUGGUUGUUGAGGGUACUGUAGCCGUGGGUUACGGUAGGCGAGUUGAGGGUACUGUAGUUUUACUAUGGUAGGAAAUAGAAACGUUAUUUUUUUGUUUUUGAGGAUUUAUAGCUUUCUAGAGGUUCCUGAGAAUUUUUUGGGUUACUGUAACUUUCUACAGUAAUAUUUUGGGUUACUGUAAUUUUGUUACAGUAACCUCGAAAUUUAUAAAUUUGAAUUUUUUAGAAGGCAGAGCUUCAUACAGUCCUUUUGUAGAUGAUUUUAAUAAUUUAGACUACCGUGACAUUCUACAGUAACCAUUGGGUUACUGUAAUUUUGUUACAGUAAUCCGAAAUUUAUAAAUUUGGAUUUUUUAGAUGGUGAAAGCCAUCAUAGCAAUUUCUGAGACGAUUUUUUGUAAUUUGAGUUACUGUAAUUUGCUUAAAUUAACUCUACUUACCGUAAGAAAAUUACAGUAACCCUAGGGAAAACUAGUGUAAUUUUGACUAGUUUGGACGCUUUUUUUUGCUUUUAGAAGCUUUUGAGUGUCAACCGAAACUUUUUUAGACGCGUAUUUUACCCAUAGACUACCGUACCUCGUCCAACAGUAAUCUCAACAACCCCGUUUUUGCGAAACUUUUUUCUUUAAUUUUGUAACAUCUUUGUAUUUUGCUUGAUUUGUGGUAUGGCCGUGUUUUGUAGAUUCCUCCAAGCCGGACACAACCACCUUCUCCACAAUGCUGUCGUCGAUUUCGGCGGCGAUGGCCGCCCGCUCCUACUCGCUGGACACGCUCGGCGAAGAGUCAAUGACUGCGGAGCUGGCCAGAGCUUCGAUCAGGCCGGGGAUUCAACGAGGCGGCUCGCUGAAGACGGCCGAAUUCUCGAUUGGGCGCCGGGUUGAGCCGGAUGGAUAUAGUCAUCAGAAAAGUCGGUCCAGCAACCCAGUAAUGGUCCCGACCGGAAAACUCUUGCCUCAGCGGAGUGUAACCGAACUGACAAACCGACUCGAGAUGGCGGGUCGAGCGAAUCGACCGCCGUUGAGCGCCUGCACCAAUAAUCCGGCGAGGUUCGCGGGCAAGGCUGCUUCAGCGUCCGCCCUCCCCGACCGAAAGCCCUCCGUUCACCGACAACAAAGCGCGGGUCUAGUGUACGCCCAGAGGGUUGUAGUAUCGGAUAGUCCACCUCAUGGCCCGCCUCCGGCCCCACCGUCACGGCAAUCGCCGCAGAAAUGCCGGCUGAUCGAUUCGGAGAUGAACGGCUCCAAUUCCUGCGAUUUUUAA